AUGCCCGACGACCGCAUCAGCACACUCCCCGUCCUCCGCACUGGCCCCGCGGAGCUUCUGGCUCUCCCCAACGAAACCCUCGAGCGCAUCGUCUCGCACUGCGACCCCAUCACCCGUACGCUCCUCGGGCUCGCCAACAAGCGCCUCGGCAACCUCGCCACCAAAAACGCCGCCGGCUUCCCCUGCAUCCGCGAGCGCUACGGCGGCGACCUCGAGCGCCACCGCUUCAUGCUCCUCCUCGAUGCCUGGAUGAACCGCGCGUACACCGGGGCCGCCGGCGCCAGCACCUUUACCCGCGCCGAGCGCAACAGGCUCAAAGAGCGCCGCCUCUGCUACAUCUGCCGCAAAUACCAGCCCAUCGCCGGCAAGAAGUGCGAGUACUGGAACAACUGCCCCAAGAAGGCCAGCAUGCCCAUCGACCUGGCCAGCGAGGCGGCGCGCCAAGCCGAGAUCGACCGCCGCCCCAGGCCGUCUUCAGCUUCUCGACCACCGCCAUCAACCACCACCAGCAGCCGCCGCCGCUCCGCAAAGUCAAGAAACUGA